UUUACUUGUAGUGAUGAGGAUGACUUGGAUGAAGAUGAGGAAGAAAUGAAAACUCCAAUAAAGAAACCUGCCCGUGAAUCUUCUGGAAAAAAUAUGCAGAAAGCGAAGCAAAAUGGAAAAGAUUCUAAGCCGUCCACACCCGCAUCUAAAUCAAAAACUCCAGAUUCCAAGAAAGAAAAAUCCCUAACUCCAAAAACACCAAAAGUCCCUCUGUCAUUAGAGGAGAUUAAAGCAAAAAUGCAAGCGUCCAUAGAUAAGGGUUCUUCCCUUCCUAAGCUGGAACCCAAAUUUGCCAACUAUGUUAAGAAUUGUUUCAGGACGGAGGACCAGAAGGUCAUUCAAGCUCUCUGGCAGUGGAGACAGACUCUGUAAGAAAAGAAAACAGUUUAAACAGUUCAUUAAAAUCUGCCGUCUUAUUUCUGUAACCAUUAUUUGGCUGUCCUUUUUACAAAUGC